UAUAGCACGCAAGCAUAUAAUAAGGACUUCUGUGAAAUGGAUAAACCAAACUCAUUCCGGCGAGCAAUAUGUUGCUUGUUGUUUAUAGAAUUUAUUGCACGGAACCAUGCAGCCGUUGUCAACAUAAAAACUAAAGGUGCCAAGGGAGAUGGAAAAACCGAUGACAGCCCGGCGAUAAUGGCUGCUUGGAAAGAAGCAUGUGCAGCAACAGCGCCAAGCUCUGUGUUGAUUCCGGCAGGGACGUAUUUGGCAAAUCCUCCGCUUGACUUGAAAGGUCCAUGCAAGGCUGCGAUUGAAAUCAAGGCCACCGGAGCCACCCUGAAGGCUCCACCUGAUACAACAGUGUUCAAAAAUGACUAUUGGAUCAGCAUCGUGGGAGUUGAUAAGUUGACUAUGACCGGUGGUACCUACGAUGGGCAAGGCCAACAAACUUGGAAGUCUGUCAAAUGCCAUGAUUCGAAGGCAACAUGUCAAAUUCCAGUGAAUAUCAGAUUGACUAAAGUUACAAAUUCAGUGGUUAAUGGUGUAACAUCUGCGAACAGCAAAUACUUCCACAUGAAUGUAUUGCAUUGUAACAAUACCAGACUUGAUCAUGUUACCAUUGAUGCACCGGGAAACAGUGUCAACACAGAUGGAAUUCACAUCGGUAGGUUAACCGGUCUCAAUAUCACAAACUCAGUCAUAAAAACGGGUGAUGAUUGCAUUUCCUUUGGAGAUGGAAGCAAGAACGUCCAUAUUGAGAAAGUCACAUGCGGACCAGGUCAUGGUAUUAGCGUCGGAAGCUUAGGGAAAUACCCAAAUGAAGAAUCUGUACAAGGAAUCUUUGUCAAGAACUGCACAAUCACGAACACUACCAAUGGAGUCAGGAUCAAGAGCUGGCCUUCUUCUCCACCAAACACCGCCACUGACAUCCACUUCGAAGAUAUCAUCAUGAACAAAGUGGCAACUCCCAUAUUGAUCGAUCAAGAAUAUUGCCCUUGGAAUGCUUGCAAGAAAGGAGCUCCAUCAAAAGUUAAGCUAGCGAAUGUGACCUUUAGGAGGAUCAAGGGAACAUCAACUACUAAGGUGGCAAUUAGGCUUAUUUGCAGCUCAGGGUUUCCAUGUGACACCGUGGAGUUGGCAGAUAUUAAUUUGACGUACUCAGGAGGAGCUGCCACCGCUGAGUGUGCUCACAUUAAACCAAAAAUCGUCGGUGCAGUUGUCCCUCCGGCUUGUCCAGCUGGUGCCAAACAUCUACACGAUGAUGAUGUCAACCAUCGACUGGCCAAGCAGAUCUGAGCAUAAGUGGCGGGAGAAUUCUGGGAGAAAAUACGUAGGCGGAAAAAAGCUACUCUGCCAUGCAUCUACAGAGACGUAAAUUGUACCUAUUGGAUCAUUUCAUAUUCUAUAUAUGUAGUGUUGACUAUUUGGAUUCUUAAGUGGGAUUGGUAAUUGUAACAACAAAAAGACGUUACCCAAAAACAUUUUCUUUCUUCAUAGAUAAUUGAAAA